AUGUCUUCAGGAACCGAUCCAUCAGCCGCGAGAAUUGUUUCCGUGAAACCACUGGUAGGCCUAUCCUCAUUACCCCAUCUGGUGUAUCCCAUACUUCCACCUCCCCUCCUUCUCACAUGUCUAACAUCUCACUCAGGAAAACAAAGACGCCCGCUGGCUCAACCUAGUCCAGUGAGCUAUUCACUCUCCUCACACUCAACUCAAAGUAAUAACCCCAAAAUUAGAAUAGAAUACCUCACCCCCGACGGACAAACGCGCCAAUGGGAAGCCAUCCACCGCACCACCACCCCUAAAUCCAGCCCGGGCGGCGUCGACUCUGUCCACAUCAUCGCCGUCCGCUCUUGCUCAUCAGACCCAAGCAGGAAGGAGAUUCUCCUAGAGAAACAAUUCCGGCCACCAGCGGGCAAGGUCUGCAUCGAGUUCCCCGCCGGACUGGUCGAUCCCAACGAGAGCAUCGAGACGUGUGCGCUGAGAGAGCUGAGAGAGGAGACGGGGUAUGUCGGGGAGGUGAUGGGCAAGGUUGGGGGGAGUAUGGUGAUGUUUGGAUCACCCGCAUCUUCGGCCGCCAAAACAGUCUUCAUCCACGCCACCAUCGACACGGGCAAACCAGAAAACCAGACCCCCGUCGCCGAACUCGAAGACGGCGAGUUCAUCGAGCCAUUCUGGGUCCCGCUUGCCAGUCUACACUCCCAAAUCAGAAGGCUAGCCGAGGAAGGUUUCGCCAUUGACAGCAAAGUUGGGAUCUACGCCGAAGGCCUAGAGAUGGGACGCUCGCUCAACGGUGCCUAG